AUGGCGGGAGCCCGAGAGAUACCAGCCAUCGUCGUCACACCGCCUUCGGAGGAUGGGCCGACAUCGACUGUCAGCAUACUGAUGACGCGACACUGGGGGCUCUGGACCAGCGGAACCCUGCGAAAGCUAGACCGAACAAAUGCAAAGGGGGAGAACUACUUGACCAGCGGCGACGAUGACAUCAAGCUGGUUGAGCUGUUGCCCAGGAAUGACCCGCCUGCAGACCGAUUGAAGCCCACGAUAGACCUUUUGCAACGGCUCCUGUCAACAAAGGAAUUCUCGAAAGGCACCGAGGCACCAAAGAGCGAGGACGAGAUCAAAUUAGAGAGGCUCCGCAAGAGCGAUUCGUCAACAACAACGAAGCAUACAGCAGUCCUAGAAUCCAUCAAGUUUCGAGGUGAGAUGAUGCACGCAUUUGAGCAAGAAUGUAAGAAGCCAUGGUUCAAUGUGGACGAGUUUGAAGAUGACCUCCCACCGCUUCUUCCGCCUACAAGGCAUAUUCGAAUAAAGGCAGAGGAGUUACUGAAGGAAUUUGCCGAAAGCCCAAUCGCAGAUGUCAGAGAUUUGCUUGAAGCAAGAAGACAACGCGAGACAAGUGUCUGUAAGGCGUGGUAUGGGAUACUGAAAACCCAUGAACAACAAUUUAGUCGCAGUCCGUUGUUUGAGCCUAUCCUUGACCUGGUUACCGGAGAAGGCCUGGAUGAUUGGAAAGACGACAACUGUCAGGCGUGGGAGGAAAUUAUGGCUUAG